AUGGCAGGCUGCUUGAGGGCCGCGCUGCUGCUGCUGCUACUACUGGUGUCCCUCAACUUCCGAGGGCAUGAACGGGGUGAAACUAGUAAGGUGAGCGGACAACUGCAGCCUGCACCAUCACCCCCCCUCCCCCCGCCAGGGUCUGUGAGCGUAGCCGGAGGGAACCGCUGCGUGGACGCGGCCGAGGCUUGCACGGCGGACGCGCGGUGCCAGCGGCUGCGCACUGAGUACGUGGCGCGGUGCCUGGGCCAGGCAGCGCCCCGGAGCUGUCAUCGCGCCCGCUGUCACCGGGCCCUGCGCCGCUUCUUCUCCCGUGGGGCGCCAGCGCUCACCCACGCGCUGCUCUUCUGCCCUUGCGCGAGCCCCGCGUGCGCCGAGCGCCGGCGCCAGACCUUCGUGCCCGCCUGUGCCUUCUACGGGCCGGGUGCAGUGCGGCCCUCUUGCCUGGAGACCUUGGACGCCUGUGCGCAGAGCCGGGUCUGCAGGCCCCGCCUCCUGGUCUUCCAGGCUUCCUGCCUGCAGGUCCCCAGCGCCCCCGACGGCUGCCUGCGCGACCGGGGACCCCGCUGCCUCCGCGCCUACGCAGGCCUAAUGGGCACAGCCAUCACCCCCAACUACUUGGACAACUCGAGCGCGCGCGUGGAGCCCUGGUGCGACUGCAGAGCCAGCGGAAACCGGCGGGAAGAAUGCGAAGCCUUCCGGGGUCUCUUUACAAAGAACCAGUGCUUGGAUGGUGCCAUACAAGCUUUUGGGAGCCGGUGGUCUGGAAUCCUGCAAGUCCAGUUGGACUCUCACUGGGACCCUGGACACAACCUCCUGCAGUUUAUCCUCAACACUGGGAAUGGCACACCAAACUCAAUAAACGAUUGUGCACUGAAGCUGACCUUGUUCUUAUGUCAUCUGAGUCCUGGGAGCUGGAAGAUCAGGAUGUGCUGCACAUGGUGUGCUCUGCUGUCCUAUGUGAGCUCAGAUGGUCCCAGAACCUCUCCGGGUUCUGUUUCCUCCCUUACAGACACUAAAAUGAAUCAACUCUCAAAUCCUAGUGACAGUGUGGAAACUCCUGACAGCUCAGAGCUGUGCCCUUCUCUAAAGAAUCACUUCCUGGAAAUACCUGGUGGUGUCCAGUCUGCUGCCAAGGUGACUGCAGCCCAGGACUGA